AUGAUAGUUUAUAAAAAAUAUUUAGUUUUUUAUUUUUUUAUUAAUGGAUACAUCUAACAUGUAAAUUUGAAGUUAAUUAUAAAUAGACCUGCAGCUGGAUCCAGACCAACUAAAUAGACAUUUGAUUAAGCUCCAGUUACAAGAUAAGUGUAAUUAAUGAAUUAAUAUAAAGAAUCUAAAAUAAAUCUGAUAUUUUUGGAGUGAAUUCACCAGCUCUUGUUUAAUAACCAUCAAGACAGAGUGUACGUCCAAAAACAGAUAUAUUUAGUACAGAAGCUUAAGUAACAAAGCAAUAAGAUGUAAAAGAAUUAGAUAUCUAAGGUUCGAUAAAAUAAAACCUUUUAAUCUCAAAUUUUCUCAUAAGAAUAAAUUUAAAAUGCUCCUCAACCUGCUAGAAAUUCAUAAACUUAUGAGACAUCGCAUUAAGAAGUUAAAAGAUACUAAAAAAAGAAUAAUGAUAGUAGAUAAGUUGAUCAUGGAAAAGAAUUCUUAUUUGGUAAAAGUGGUAAUUGUAUCAAAUUUAUAAUAAGAUUUUGAUGAAUAUAAAUCAUUAAAGAGAGCAGUCACUUUAAAUGAAUUUAAACCGAAACUUAAUUAUGAUCCAAAUAAUAGAAGAAAUAAGGAACUUUAUGGAAAUGAAAUAGCAAGAGAGCAUCUUCCAACAAAAGAAGUUAAUUUAGAAAUUUCUAGUCCUUAAAAAUCUAAAAAAUAAUAGUAACAAUAAUAAGAUCAAAAUCCAAGCAAUAGAAAAUUGAUGGAAAAUUAAUCAAGUGUUUUUGGAGAAAGUCCAAAGUAAAUAAUAAUGAAGAUAGUAUUAGUAAAGCAGUUUAAGGAUAAAAAGUAGAAAAACUAACAGCAUCAACUUAGAAAUGGAGUACAGUUGGAGGUUAAAGUAGCAAUUAAGUGAAAGAAUUUGAUCCAGAAACAUAUGCAAAAAAUAGAAAGGAAGCAGAACUAUAAUCUAGUGUAUUUGGUGAAUAACCUAUUAAAGUAUAACCUGUUUAGAUUCCAGAAUCACAAGAAGAAUCUGAAACUCAAUAAAGUAAGAAAAAAUAUUUAAUUUAGCUUAAUAAUAAUAAUAAUAAAAAUAAUAAAAAAAAGAGAGAUUAAUACCUAAUAAUUAGACAUGGUAAUAAACUGAUUCUGUAAAAAAUAUGAGAGAUUUUGAUCCAACUUAAUCUCAAGUAAAAGAUGAUAUUGAUCCAUCAUAAAAAAAAAUGGAUAUACUUAAAUCAUCUAUGGAUACUCAUUAAUUUGAACCAUAAUAAAUUCCAGCAAAUUAAAAAAUAUCAAAUAAAAGUCUUAAAGUAAUAUUUGAAAUUUAAUAAUUAGUAAAAAAAAGACAUUAUCUAAAGAGAAGAAAAAAUAAAUAAAGAAAAACCAACAAAAACAUAAAGUAAAAAAAAGUGAUAUCA